UGAGUGCAGCAGCGUUGUUUGUGACAGCUCCACAGAGGCGGAACCUUUGCUCAGUGACGACGGACAUUUGUAGUGUCGGACAAACAUGGCCGCGCUACGGAAAGUAACAACAUGCCUCCGUCUCCUCAGGAGUUCAGCUCCUGUCCUGUUCAGCAUCAGAAAACCUGCAGUCCAUAAAGCGGUCAAAUGGACAAGUAUUGUGUACACGGGCGUAGCGUCUCUUACUGUAGGCGGCGGGCUUUGUGCUGUUCCUUUCAAACAGGUUGAAAACCUCUCUCACGACUCUCUAAUCAAACGAGCUGCCUCUCUGGUUACCGACAGUUCAAGCACGUUUCUGUCUCAGACCAGUUUGGCUCUCGUAGACGCCAUUACAGAGUACUCUAAAGCUGUGCACACACUCAUAGCCCUGCAAAAAAGAUAUUUGCAAUCACUGGAAAAACUGAGUCCUGCAGAAGAAGAUACCAUCUGGCAAGUGAUCAUUGGUCAACGUUCACAGAUUAGAGACCGACAAGAUGAAUGCAAGCGCUUUGAGUCAACCUGGGUCAGCGCAGUCAGGCUGUGUGAAACAGCAGCUGAGGCAGCAUACAUCUCAGGAGCUGAACAUGCUGCCAUCACAGUGAGGUCCAACAUCCAGGUGGCCCAAUCGCAGGUCGAGGUAGCACAGAAACUGUCAUUGGAUUCAGAUAAGAAGUUAGCCGAGACUAAAGUAAUGGAGGUUGAAAGGAUGAUGCAAUAUGUUGCCUCCUCACAAAAUAACAUUGAAGAGGAGGAGGUGCCUGAGGCUUAUCUAAGAGAAGACUGAAACAAAUGUACCAAAAGAAAUGGUAACACAUAAAAAAGGUUUCAUUUCUUCUUCUUCUUUUCAUACUGAUUUUUUCUCUCUUUUUGACUGUGAAUUGUCAUGUGUAUUGUGCUCAAAUGAGCAGCUGUAAUUCUGAAAACAGUGAAUCACACAAAAUGAGGACAUCUCCACAAAUCAACACUUCCUGUUCAGUGUUUGGUCAUUUAAGGCUAAAUCAGAACAAUGAUUAUCAACUGCUUCUAAAGGAAAGAAUAUUAUGUUUUUGACUCAUUGUAAUCCAAUUUUUGUGUUAUACCAAAAUUAAACCCGUUAUGUGUA